AAGUUUCCCCUACGUAACUGGUCCCAUAAGCACUUCUUUGAAUAUACUAAGCUUCAUAAGUUAACGAAAGUAACAAAUCUCUGGUACCGCGAUCUUGCCAUUGUACGAGCUCUUCCUGGUUCUCCUGUCGAUAAAGAAUUAUACCUUGAGAUUGUCGGGAGGAAAAUGGCGGACGAACAUAUUGUUAAUGAAAAAAAACGUAAAUAUGCUGCAGAUGAAGUGCACACUGAAUCUGUCACAAUUUCAGCAGAACUUCUCAAAGACUCUUUUGUUCACCAUAAAAAAUAUACCAAGCAAAGGCUGGAUGCAACUGAAUAUAUGACGACACCAACUCCCAUCCCUGCAGUCACAGUUUCAGCAGCAACGACUUCUGGAUGGAACAAAAGUGACGAUGAGAGCUCUGAUAGUGAUGAUACUGAUAUAUUGGAUGUGAAGAAUAUUUCAUUUGAUCAGUUUGUUGAUGAUGAGGAUUUUGUCCAGGAAAAGCUUUUAUUAGACCAUCUGGUUGAUAAUAAUAAGGAUAAUGUGAAAGACAAUAUUUACAUGUUUCAAGGAAAAGAUAUUUGCUCAAAAUUUGCUUCAUAUCGCUCAAAGGCAUUGGAAAUAGGACAAACAUCUGGUUUGUUGAUUUCAGCAGAUUAUCAGGAAAUAUUGAGCUUGUCCCAUAUUCUUCUGCUCCAAGCCAACAGUUUCUCUGAUUUACAGAUUCAAACAUUCUCCAGAAAUAUUUUGGAAGGUUUAUGGGAAAAAUUGAAUGACACAUACAUGACUGAGAAAAAACUCAGUACAUGCAUUAAAACAGUAUUUCGAGAAUAUGUUGAGAUUGCUCUUAAUAAAAAUCUUGGACUCAAAGAGGUAAAGAAGACAAUUAAGACAUCAUAUACAAAGACCUUCACAGAUCCCAAUGAUGAAAAAAUGUUUGACACAAUGCAAUUUAUCUUUUCACAACUGGCAAGAAACAUUCCUGUAAGACCAUUUGAUGACCUUCUUAGUGAGGGUACUCUAACAGCUAAUAUAAUUAGUCCAGUGUUACGUGCAUUCUUUCACAAUGUCACUAUUCAUCCAACAAUAUGGCCAAACACAGCUAGCCAGAGUGCCAAGAUCCGUAAACUGGCUAACCUUGAUGCAUCACGAGCAAAACAGCCAGAUAUGGUUGGGGUAGUAGUCAAUAGCAACAAAAUCCAUAGUGAGAUGAUGUUUGGGGAGAUCACUGGGGAGGGGAAGAAUAAUAACAUCAAAAAAAAUAAUCUUGACCUCAUAAGACUUGGUGUCUUUAUGAAGGAUGCUUUAGAUGCUAACAUUCAAAGGACAGGGAGUGAGUGUGUGGAAUUCGCAUGGCAAGUAAUUGUAACAAAAUGGACUGCCUAUAUCAUGGUUCUUGUUGCCGCAGGGCUUUAUGUCAUGAUUGAGAUUGGUCAAACAGAGCUCCCAAGAUCUUUCCGGACCUGCGGACAAUUCAUUGACACUAUCGAUGCAUUGCUGACAUUUACGGCGAAAUAUGAGGAGGAAGUAAAGAAAUUUCACGAUAAGAUUAACGAAGAAAAGGAAGACUCGGGUAGCAAUGUAAAAGUCAGCGCUUUGUGCAGACCUACUCUUGGAACACCUGUGUUUCAACAAUUGAUAAAAAGAAAAUAA